GAUCACAUGACCUGUCUCUGUUGGACUGAUCAGACAUGAUGAUGAUGCAGGAGACUCAGGAUCGUCUGCAGCUCAUCACAGAGAAGAAGAAGCUGCAGACAGAAGUGGAGAACAAGAGACAUCAACUGGAGGACGACAGGAGAACGCUGCAAUACCUGAAGUCUAAGACUCUGAGGGAGCGAUGGCUGCUGGAUGGAGCACCCUCUGCUGGACCAGACCAGAACCAGGACCAGGUCCAGAGACAAGUUGAGCAGGAUGAGGCCAAGACCAGGAUCCUGGAAGAGACUAUCAGCAGGUUGGAGCAGGAACUGGUCAGUCUGGAAAUUGAAGAUGAGUGUCAGACCAUAACACUUCCAGUGGCCACAGGAUCAGUCAAAGCUACAGAGGUCAGAGGUCAAGGAGCUCCAUGUCCCACUGUCCACGAGGUUAAAAUUCACACAAGUCCUCAGAUCAACACACCAAGAGAAUCAACGGAGAUGAAGAGAGGUAAGUCCGCGAAAAAGAGAGACUUGGUUCUACAUCACCGCCAAGGCCAGGACCAGAACCAAGACCAAGAACAGAGGUUCAGGACCUUGUUCAAGACCAGGAUUGGGUCUAAGACCAAUAACAGAACUCCAAGAUCUGGUGCAAGACCAGGCCAAGCGGUGUACUCAGUGGAAAUUACCGUAGAGCGAGACAGACUGACAGGAGAAACCCGGGUUCUGUCCACUAACACUACACUUCCUGUUGACCUUUCUCAACAAGGGAUCAAAGUUUAUGAGGACGAGCAGAAAGUGGUCCAUGAAGUGAACGGUGAAGAUGGCGUCCACCUGCUCAGCUGCUCCGAGGUCGAUGAGCUCAUCCACAAGGCUGAUGAAGCCUCCAUGAUGUCGCAGACUGUUGCUACAGUAAACUCACUCUCAACGGCAGAAUUACAGGAGGAGGCAGGGCCUGAGCUUCAGCGUUCGCAGUCUCAGGUCACGGUGGAGAUCGUGGGACUUGAGGCUAAACCUCCCACCGAGCUUGACGUGUCUGAGGCCAGCGCCGAGAAACCGGUCACCAUGGUGUUCAUGGGAUACCAGAGUGUGGAGGACGAGGCGGAGACUAAGAGGGUGCUGGGGCUACACGGCACAGUGACGGCCGAGCUGGUUGUCAUUGACGAUGCCAACGGCAAAAUGUCCCCAGGAGGACAUGUGGAGCAAGAGGCUCGCAGAGGAGCGCAGACAGAAGCUCUGCCUCCUCUCACCUCCUCUGCCUCUUCUGCCUCACCACCAAGUGCCAAACCUACGGCGGCCAUGAUGGCAAGCAAUGGGGAGACAACGGCGAGGGAGGCGGAGUGUGAGGCGGGGCGUGAGACGGGGGGAGUGGUGGAAGUGAAGAAGAAGAAACAGCCGUGCAUGUGCUGCAGCAUCAUGUGAUUCUGAAGGGGGCGCCGCGUCACCGUAUAAUAAAAUAAAUCAUAUAACAAUAAAAAGAUACAUGAACUGAGCUCCACCCACUGCCCUCAAGCCCGCCUCUAACAUCAUGAUGUAAUUUCCUGCUUUCUGUCACUGGACUGCAUAUAUUUUAUAAAACCAGUUUGACUUUGUAUUGUUAGCAUCAGUAUUAACAUGAGUGUUAGCAUCCAUGUUAGCACUAGUGUUUGCAUCCUUGUUAGCAUCAGAAUUAGUAUUAGCGUCAGCAAUAAUGAUGACACUUAAAUGUACUUAUUUAUGAUUAUCAGUGUGAAUGCUAGUAUCAGCUUUAUGCAUUAGCAUUAGCAUCAGUGCUUUAACUGUCUGUAUCUGCCGCUGUUUUAUAAAAUAAAUUGAGGAAACAAAA